CACACAUAAGUCGCUCCUGAGUAGAAGUCGCACUAUGAAAAAAACUGCGACUUAUAGUCCGAAAAAUACGGUAAUUGUUAUGCUUUAAGAUGCAAGCAAAAUUUUGAGUUACAAGCAUCCCCACAAUUAGUUGGUAUAGCAAAUAUCAAAGUGAUGUCAAAGCAUUAGCUUAUAGUUGGAGAGCGUCAUACGUUUCUUUUCCAACCAUGGGAAAGAAGAAAGUGAGUUUCAAGGACAGUGCUAAGAAGAAAGAACAGAUCAUAUUAGGGCUGGGCGAUAUGGCCUUUUAUUAAUAUCUCGAUAUUUUUAAGCCAUGUCACAAUACACGAUAUAUAUCUCGAUAUUUUGCUUUAGCCUUGAAUUAACACCUGAUGCAUAUAAUCACAGCAGUAUGAUUCUAUGUGUCUACAUUAAAACAUUCUUCUUCCUACUGCAUUAAUAUAUGCUCAUUUUAAACUUUCAUGCAGAGAGGGAAACCACAAUUAAGUCAAUUGACCAAAAGUGUAUUUAUUAAACAGUUAUUAAGCAGUGGCACAAACAUUCAUGUCAUUUCAAAACAGAAAGUGCAAGAUUGUCAGAGACAUUUUAAAACAAGCUAUUAGUGCACUUUUGUGCAUGAUGUCACUAAGAUGACAUAUCAAAACAACACUAAAUUAAAGUCCACUUUUGUGCAUGAUGUCACACAAGAUAUUUCAAUAACUGUCAAAUAAAAAUGAGCUGCAUAAUAUGAAAUCAAAUGGUUUAUGUCCUUCGCUAUGUGGAUGGCUCCAUGAGCUGGGCAAACGCCUGGAGAUGCCCUGUGUCAACAACGCGGUCGCCGCCCUCUACUUCACCCUCAGCAGCCUGACCAGCGUCGGCUUUGGCAACGUGUGCGCCAACACAGACGCUGAGAAGAUCUUCUCCAUCUGCACCAUGCUCAUCGGCGGUAUGCCGGAAGCCUCGUAUGGAAUAACGUCCGCAUGGAGCUGGAGGGGGCGUGGCCUCCAUCUCCGGCUGAAAAUCGGGAGAUUUUCCGGAGAAUAUUUGUCCCGGGAGGUUUUCGGGAGAGGCGCUGAAUUUCGGGAGUCUCCCGGAAAAUUCGGGAGGGUUGGCAAGUAUGACAAUACACAAACAGAACUGUCAUUUGUAUCACUCAACACACGUGGGAACUGAAUGUUCUCCACAUUCUCCGCUUAAGUCUGCCGUUUCCCAGCCUCCCAGCCAAUCAACACACAACAAUGGCAAGAACUACAUUUAUGCAUAGCCUGUUUUGAUUUCUUUUCAAGUACAAGUGGAGUAUUUUUUUUACUUAACAGUACAGUUUUAUUUGACUUUUAAGUACAUUUUCAUUUAGUCUUUAAAAACUGUAUUUUGAUAUUUAUUUCAGUACGAGGGUGUUCUAGAGAAAGGCUUGUGAUUUUAAGACUGAAAAUAAGCUGAUUGAACAUGCAAAAAUAUGAAAAAAAAGCACCAUUUAAAGAUGUUUUGGUGUUUAAAGAACUGAAAAAUUAUUAAAGGGGAACAUUAUCACAAUUUCAGAAGGGUUUCAGAAGUUUUUUUCAAAAUUUUACCCAUCACGCAAUAUCCCUAAAAAAAGCUUCAAAGUGCCUGAUUUUAACCAUCGUUAUAUACACCCGUCCAUUUUCCUGUGACGUCACACAGUGAUGCCAAUACAAACAAACAUGGCGGAUAGAACAGCAAGUUUAUAGCGACAUUAGCUCGGAUUCAGACUCGGAUUUCAGCGGUUUAAGCGAU